UUCUUCCUGUCGUGUUGAAAACUUGGAAUCGGAAACGAUCCAAACGAUCCAACAGUUCACAACUACCGAAACCCUAAUCGAAUCGAUCUUUGAGAACUGUAGCGUGCGUUUCACCACGGCCGAAAGCUCUUUCAAGAACGAAUAUCCUCAGGGAAUGACCCAAACAGAAGAGAACAAUCCACAUCGGACCCCGAUGAUUGUUGAGAAUGGUGCAAGCAUUGACAUUCCUGACAUUGGGAAAAAGAAAAAAUCACCAAAAAAAGGAAGGAAAAUAUUGGCGUAUGUUAGCCCAUGGCCCAUUACUUAUCUAGACCCUUUUGAUUUCGAUGCCUUACGGUUGGCUUUGAAGACCGAAAUUCGUGGUAUCCCCAGGAGGAGGAUAAUAAGGAAUCAAAUGAAUGGCCACAAAGACCAUAGUCCUUGUUUAGAUGCUCGUGUUUUGAGGGAGACACACCCAAAUCGCAUACCAGUGAUUUUGAAGAAGGAUGCAAGUAGUGACAUUCCUGACAUGGACGGGGAGAAAUUUCUUGUCUAUGGUGAUAUGCCUAUUCGAGAAUUUGUUGAUUUUAUUCGGAUCACGGUCGGGUGCAGCAGAAAAAAGUCUAUAUUUGUCUUUUUCAAGAACACUGAACCUCCCACUAGUGCUUUGAUGUCUGCAAUCGAUGAGGAAAAUAAGGAUGAAGAUGGAUUUCUUCACAUUACCUACAGUGGAGAAAGCGUGCAUGAGAACAGUUGUGGCGUGCGUUUCACCAUUGCCGAAAGCCGUUACAAGAAAAAUGGUCCUCAAGGACUAGGGUAUACUGUUACAAGGCCCGUUACUGAUUUAGAAGCUCGGAAGAGGAAUGGCUACAAAGGCUGCCCUCCUAAUUUAGAUGCUUGGUAUUGGAGGGAGAGGCGUCCAAGUUGUAUACCAUUGGCUGUGGAGAAAGAUGCCAGGAGUGACCUUCCUGAAAUUGGCUCAAAGAAAUUCAUUGUGUACGGUGAUAUGCCUCACGGAGAAUUUGUUGAUUAUAUUCGAUUUACUAUUGGGGUCAGCAGAGAAAAGCCUAUAUAUGUCUUUUUCAAGAACACUGAACCUCCUGCUGGUGCCUUGAUGGUCGAAAUCGACAAGGAAAACAAGGAUGAAGAUGGAUAUCUUCACAUUACCUACAGUUAAGAAGGGAGUGUCUAUGAAUGCAAAUUGCAAUGAAGAGCAAGAAUGCUAUUAAGUACAACUUAGAAAAAGUGUGAAACUCUCGGAGCUCUGAGUUAAUGAUCUGAUCGCAAGGGACUUUACUUGAGUUUUAGUUUUUGAUUAUCCAAACUGAAUGUAAAAUACGAAAAUGUCAAAAGAGGUUUGUGAUGGAAACUCCUAGCUAAGACUUCUUCCAUGUGGGUGCAAAUUAGAUAUUUUUCUUUGGACGCUCUCUUUUAACAGCUAGAA